UCAAAAAGCUGGAAUCUGAAAGAUAAGGCUGCAAUAAACUUUGCUCACUUGGCGUAAACACAACCCCGCAAUCCAUCUCGUCGUGGGUCCGACCUCCGAUUUUCCCCACGCAAAUUUCAGCGGCGAGCCAAAUGCCAUCCCAGCGUUCAUCUUCUGAUCCUGUAUGACUUCCAUGGCUGCCUCGGCAACCUCCGUUGCACUUUUGCCUUCAAAACUGGUUUUCAGGGGACGAUUCGAGCAGUCGAGAUCGAAGUUUCUUACUCCAAGCUCAGCAUCCUCAAUUCCAUGUCAUUCCAUUUCAAUUUCAUCUCCGUUCCAUCGGCGCAAGCCAUUAGGAAUUCAGGCGUCGGUUUCGACCUCGGAUCCUCAAGUCCGAACUGGUCCUGAUGAUCUCGUUGCGUCUAUCCUCUCGAAGGUGACAGGAAGCGAUAGAGGAGUAUUACUAAGUGAAGAAAAGCACAAAGAGGUUGCUGAAGUCGCGCAAGAAUUGCAGAAGUAUUGUGUAAACGAGCCUGUUAAAUGUCCUCUCAUAUUUGGAGCUUGGGAUGUUGUGUAUUGCUCUGUACCAACAUCGCCUGGGGGUGGAUACAGAAGUGCAGUGGGUCGCAUUUUUUUCAAGACAAAGGAAAUGAUUCAGGUUGUGGAAGCUCCUGAUACUAUAAAAAACAAGGUGUCAUUUUCUGCCCUUGGUUUCUUGGAUGGACAAGUCUCUUUGACAGGUAAAUUGACGGCAUUGGAUGAUAAAUGGAUUCGAGUUGUGUUUGAAUCGCCUGAACUUAAAGUUGGAGGAUUAGAGUUUCGAUAUGGUGGCGAAAGCGAGGUACAACUCCAGAUUACAUACAUAGAUGACAAGGUUCGUUUGGGAAAGGGUUCUAGAGGUUCAUUAUUUGUCUUCCAAAGACGAGUUUGAAGUUGCUAAAUUAAAUGUAGUCAAUGCUCAUCAUUUGAUAUCUCUAUGCUAAUUUUACUCUUGUGUAGAAAGCUAAUAUCAUCAAUAUAGAUGAGAGUUAUAUUAUCACGAA